CACACGGAUAGACAGAGUGUGAGAGCUGUCAGGGCUUCACUGUGUGCGUAAGGGAGAGGAAAUCAGGAAAAUUCGCUGGUGCGCUGUGUGGUGCGCUGCUGCGCUCGUGCUGCUCCGCUCGCGAUGGUGCUUUUGCUGCACGUUACAGUUUAUGAUUAGGUUAGGAAACUUGUUUGAUGCUUCAAGAUCGGCGUGUAUAUUUAUUAAUUAAAUACGAGUUUUAUUGUCGAAGAAUUGGUUAACGAAUUGCCGACGCCGCGACAUGGCUGGGAAGCAAGGAAAAGAUCUGGCAUUGUCUAUGCUGAGAGUGUUGCCCAGGCUGUCAUUAGGGAACAUCCGAGAUAAUCCCGGCUCGAGGAAAUCACCUCAACGUGGUAGAGGUCAAUAUGGUGGUAAUAAGCAUGGUUGUGGAAACAAGGGCUCCAGCCAAAGACAGAAUUAUUUGCGUCCGGGUUACGAAACUGGGAAUACCCCAUUUUACCUGAGAUUCGGCAGAGAACCUUACUACAAGGGACAUCACCUGAGACGAGAAUAUCCGCCGCUUUCUUUACACACACUGCAAACGUACAUCGACACAAAUCGGCUAGAUAUCAAUAAACCAAUCGAUCUUGUAUCGUUGAUAAACACUGGUCUGUACGAUAUAAAUGUGCGAUGGAAACAUGCCGGAGUUCAUUUAACGGAUGAGGGGGCACAUUGCUUUGCAGCCAAAGUAAACAUAGAGGUGCAGUGGGCCAGCGAGCCCGUGAUCGCCGCGAUUGAAAGAAACGGUGGUGUAAUUACAACCGCUUACUACGACGUGAAUAGCCUUCAUGCCAUGUGCGAUACAGAACAGUUCUUCAGCAGAGGUGAACCGAUACCGCGCAGAUUUUUGCCGCCGACGGAUUGCUUAGAAUUUUAUUCCAGCGCCGCUAUGAGAGGAUAUCUGGCUGAUCCCGAGAAGAUUUCUCAGGAACGGCUGGUACUGGCGCAAAAGUACGGCUACGAAUUGCCGAAAAUCGAGGACGAUCCCGAUUAUGAGAUGUUAUGCGAGCGCAAGGAUCCGCGGCAAGUGUUUUACGGUCUGGAGCCAGGCUGGGUGGUCAGUCUUAAGGAUAAAGUCAUCCUGAAACCGAAAGCCCAGUAUCUGAAGGAGUUUUACGCGAGUUGAGACGCGAAGAUAUAUAUAUAGAACAACAAUGUGAAUAAAUUAGAUAUAAUAAAUGAUACUUAUGUGACAAUCGUAUUGUUUGUUAUUAAAAUUAUGCAUCUAA